AUGUAUACAACGUACGUCGUCUUAUUGGCGUUUGCUUUUAGCCAAGUAUCAGCUAUAUAUCCUUACUUUGAUACCCAAGACUUUAUAUAUAACGUCCCGAAAGUUUACAGAAUAUCUAUAACCUUGGAUAAAUUGCUGGAUUAUUAUGAACGAAAGCCUUCUAAGGAUCCUGAAUGGUACAUAGCUUUGGGUCUAGCAAGAGGUCAGCUAGAAUACACCAUAAACGAGUUAGAUAAAUCAGUGCCAGAAAAACUGCGUGAGAAUUUGAAAAACAUAACUAGAAGAAUGGAUCGUAUUCGAAACAAUACUGAUUAUACUAAACUUGUUUAUCGCAGUAAGGAUUAUGAAUAUGUUGUGAAAUCUAUUUUCGAGAACAUGGAGGUGCUGUCAUCUCUAUUGGAACCCAUUACUAUUGGUACGAUGGGCACACAAAAGCCAUAUAGGUUCACAUUCGAACAAUAUGUGCAAGAAGCGAGGACAAAGAUGCCGAGUAGAAAGGCCGCUGAUGCGUGUACAAUGCAACUAUUGAUAUCAGCUAUGGAGACACAGACCACGCAAUCGGAUGGAGUCUGCGAAUUGACACCCGAAUGUCAGACGCAAAUUAUGCAGGGGUCGGGUCUCGCAUUCCAGCAAACGAGUCGUGUACGUGCAGCUAUACUAUCUCGCCUAUUCGAUUGCAUGGAAGGUGUCGAUUUAUCAGCAUAUAUCUACAAAUCAUGCAUACAAAUUUAUAAGGAGUCGAAAUCACUCGAGGCGUGGGAUCACCCUGCUGGGACUAGGACCUUGUUUAUGCAGCAAAUAUUCUACUGUACAUGGCAAGGUUAUGGAGAAUUCAUAAAACCUAGGUGGAUGAAUAAGAUGUUAUCGUGGCAAGAACCUAAAGGAUGUUAUGCAGAUGACCGUCAGCCUUUUAUGAAAUUGACGGGAUUUAUUGAACCUGCUACAUCUCCUCCUCCGAAAGAUCGAGAGGAAGAAUAUAGAGUAAAGAAAGCAGCGACGUCCGAAGGCGGUAAUUGUAAUUCGUUAACGUCUGCCAUGGCUCUCGGAUCGCUGGUUAUAUACGUAAGAGCUUUGCUCGAGACUGACCAAGCGUUCCAGUAUGAUGUGUUUACAUAA